UAAAAAUUCAUGUCUGAUCUUGUGCAUGCAUCAUAUCUAUUUUUAACAAGUUAAACAACAACAACCUGGAAAUAUAUAUAGCACAUUACAAAAAUCGGAGGAUGAAACUUACUGCUUAGCAAGUAGGCAUAUAUAAGAUAAAGAUUUUAAAGAUCACACAGAAUGUUUCAGUUCAGAGACAGCUGACGUCCACAGCGGUACGAGUACCGGACCGUGUACACACAAGUAGACGCGACGUAGUUACUAGACUGCUAAUUAACAAGUAGUGUAGCCCGUUUACUUCUCUCACUCUCAGGCAGUACUUACAGUGACUUAUAUUAUAGGCCUAUACAGGGCCUACUGUUAAGUUUUACAAGAAGGCUUGAGUCAGUGUGUUAGUCCUUUCUUAGUAAGUAAUAGUCUUCAUACUUCAUUUCUUAGUUAGUACCGAUUAGUUAGCAUAAUUUGCCUUGGCCUUAGUCUACUAAGUCUUAGCUUAGUCAUCACUUAGUUUUACCAUUUGGGGUUUGCAGAUUACUUAAUCUAAACCCCAUUGUUAUUAGUCUAAGUAAUACUACCGGUACCUACCUACUAACUACUACUUCUAGUAAUAGUAGUGUAGGGCUAGCCUAGGCCUUUUCAAAUCCAAUCAAAGUUCAAGUCUGGAGGCAGAGUGAAGAUAAUGUUUUCUACUUUUAUAUUCAUUAGCCUGACCAGCCUAUGCCCUUCAAUACUUCAUUACUUUAUUAAAAACUUGUUAGGCUAAUUGUGCAUAGUAUAGUAUAGCUAUAGUACAAAUUUUUUGGUGGCCAAAGUUAGUUAAUGCAUGUUUUGUGUCAUCUUUUCUUAUUCUUUACUAAAUUACUUGUACCGAAACCGUUGUGACCUAAGGGCCCAAUGUUAUGAUGUGGAAACAAAUUAAAAAGAAAUCAUUGUAAAUUACAUUAAUUAUAAUUAAUGACUAUAAAAGUUAAAAAUAUUUUGACUAGCUGUCAUAACAGCCAAUCAUCAUGCAAAUCACACGUGUUACAUUUUUUAAGUGAAGGUAACUAUCACAUACAAUUUACCCUGAAGCUACUUAGUAUCUAAAAAAGAAAGGUAAAAACUUACAUGUUUUUUACUGUUGUUCAUAUUUUGCAUCUCCAAAAGUGUGAUUUUUAAGGAGAAGGGCCAUUUCAGUUUCUGUGCAGUGGCAAUAAAGACAAAGAGGGAUGCAUGUUUUUUUAAAAUUUCUUUUUCCAACACUGGAACUGUAAAUGUUGGCUAAAUUAUACAUAUUUGUAAUAUGCUUUUAUGCAGACCAAGUUCAAAGCAAGAAGGGGAGGAAAAAUAAAAGGGAAAGAAAACAAGCUGUCUAAAAUAGCACGAUUUUCAUCAAAGAUCCGCAUAUGAUGGUCUCUUGUUUUUUUUUUUAUGACAUGGUGAUGACAGAAAAAUAAAUUGAGUAAUGUUAUAAUUUUGAAAAAUAUUCAACAAAACAACACAUUUUUGGCUAAUAAACUUCCUGUGUGAAGAAAAGAACACUAGUUAAAAUUAAAUAAAAAGAUAAUAAAUUUUGCAAAAGACUCAAAAGUCAUGCAAUGUCUCUGCUUGUACACCACGAUACACCUAAUACCCAUUUUUAAAGACUCUCUUUCUACUCGCAUUGUCUCCUUAUUUGAUGUUUGUCUUAAUUUGUUUUGUUGAUACAUGUGUUUUGAAUUUUAAGAAAAAAUUAUUUUCUACCUUUUUGUUUGCCUUAACUUGACUUUGAAAGAAGUCUUUUAAAAAAAAAUUUUUUAAAUAUAUUUUUAGAGCAUAUAUGCUUUUUAUUCUUCCAACUAUAUCAUGUUAAAGUUUAGAGAGGAAAAAAUAUUGUAAAAGCUUUAGAUAUGUAAGUAAAAACUUGCAUAGCUGUAGCUGUGUAUGGUUACUAUAUAUAUUAUUAUUUGUACAAAGGAAUUCAGUUUGAGGGAAAGUUUAUUCAAAAUGAAACUUCUUUAGCAGAGAUUUAAAAAAAAAAAUUGUUAUGCAAAAGAAGGUGUGUCAAAAUAAGGAAAGCAUAACUUCCCUUCAAACAAACCUCCUUUCGUUUGAACAAAAUUACUCCUUACAAAUUUGCUUCAAACAAAUUUGCUUUGUACUAAUUCAAGAUAUGUGUUAAAGUUUAGAAAAGAAAAAAACAUAAGUGUCCUAAAGGCCUUAGUAAUCUAAGUAAAAUUUACAUAAAAGUGUAAAUUAAAAAAGUUGACAAUUUCUAUUUAGAAAAUCAUUAUUUGUGAAAUUUAAUUAAAUUUAUAUUUUUAUUACCUAUGCUUAACAUUAGUCCUGUUUUAUUUUAAAAAAAUGAACUUCCUCAUUAAAGGAUUAAAAAAUGGCACAUUUCGACUUAGAAAAUGAGGUUAACAGUGCUUUGAGAAUGGAUAUGCCAUUAACUCGCGGGCCUCUGAUGAGAUGGCAACGUCGUGAACAAGGUCAAAAUAAUUCAUCCAUCAACAUUUCUCUUAACGCCAGUGUCGCAUCAGCUAAAACUCCAAGCAAAAGUCUCAAUAAAUCACUCAACAGUGGAGCAUAUUCCAAGACACCAAACUCCAAAACACCAGGAUCUGCAGGUAUUCAAUAAUGAUAUAGGCUUAAGGAUAUUCAUUUCUUUCUUUUUAGUAUUAAAUUGUUUUCAUGAAUAGAAUUUAAAAUGAGGUUUUAUUUAAGGCUGCGACUAUUUGUACCCGGGUACAAGAGUGAGAGGUAAGGUUUAUUAAAAACUAUUUAAAAUAUUAAUGUAGGGUUUGUAAGACAAAAUGAGGUAUCAAAUGAAAGAUAAUUGAAUGGACCAUAUGUUUGUAAACUUACUUCUUCAGUUUAACUAAAAUAAGCCGCUAUUCGGACCCGGAUCCCUUUAGACUAAAUCCCAUUCGGAUGUCAUUUGUGGUAGUUUAUUUUAGUUAAACUGAAGAAGUAAGUUUACCAAAAUAUAGUCCAUUCAAUUAUCUAAAUACCUCAUUUGUCCUACAAACCCAACAAUAAUAUUUUUAAUAGUUUUUUUAAAUCCCAACCUCUCACUUCUGAUAUAUUAAUAAGACACGAACAAAUUGUGUCAAUAGAACAAUAUGAGUUAGCUUUAAUAAUAAUUGUACAUUAUACAGAAUUAAACGUUUCGGCACAUGCCUUCAUCAGUACAAACAAACACAACACAUUUAAAUAAGUAUAAAUUAAAUUUACAUAAUGUCAAUAUAUAUAUCCUACCUAAAACAGAAAAAAUAUAGGAGAGGGCGCUUAAACCUGACAAAAACAAAGUAAAGAGAUGUAGAAAGGAAGUGAUUCAAACAUAAUUGGAAAAACCAAACAGGAAAAAGACAUGGCAGCUAAGUAAAACUAUGGAUUUGGUUCAAUCCAUAUGGAGACAACGUACCAAAUCUAGUUAUUAAUUUGUUCUCCAUAUAGAUUCUAUCUGCAGUGUUACUAGUAUAGAGUAUACCAGUAACUACAAUAUCUGAGCCGAAACGUUUAAUUCUGUAUAAUGUACAAUUAUUAUUAAAGCUAACUCAUAUUGUUCUAUUGACACAAUUUGUUCGUGUCUUAUUAAUAUAUUUUAAAGCUUUAUUGCAGUCCAACACUUUUUAUAAUCACUUCUGAUACCCUGGUGCGAAUAGCCACUUUGUCUAUUUAAUAGAUUUCCGAUAAACCUCUUACAGUUCAAUAUGAAAGAAAUAGCUAUUUGUAAUGCAGACAAAGAAAAACCUUCGUCACGGGGCAAUAACAAAAUCAAGAGAAGUGACAGAAAUACAGGGUGGGCCACAGAAAAGUAUCCUCUUACAGCAAUACGGCAGAUGCUUGGACCACUAUUGAUAGAUGUUACUUUUUCUUGGUCCACUCUGUAGAUUUAAACUAAACUGAAAGGAAAUAGUGGAUGCUUUGAAAGUUUCUCGUAAAGAAUUAUAUAUUUCAAAAUUUAAUCAUUUUAUUUUUUAGGCAGGAAAAAAACGCCAUCUAAAGGCUCAAAAACACCUUCUGCUGCUGACAGAUUUAUUCCUAACAGAAGUACCACCCACAUAGAUGCAGCACAUUAUAAGGUUUUGUAGAAUGAAUGUUAAUUUUAUUAUUAUUUUUUUUUGCAUUUUAAAUUAUUUUAAUAUUAUUAAAUACCAUGUCAGUGGGCAAUCCAGAGAGUUUCUCUAUUUUGCUGCACAGAUAAAUUAAAAUUUUGAUUAUUCUAAAUUUUGAACUAUUUAAUUAUUCUUCAAAAGACAAAUUAUUAUUUUUGUUCCUACUUUCAGCUAUGUACUCAAACACAGCCUAAUGUUGAGGAUUCCUUGAUGCUAAGUCCAUCACGGCAAGAAUACAAACAGUUAAUGAAUGAAAAUCUUAAUGGAGAUGCUCUUCAGAAAAAAAUUAUUUCAUUUAAUGAAAAACCACCACAGGCUCCAGAAGGUGAGUCAGUGUUGGCCCAGAAAAACAGGUAUUUUUUUUUUUACAUUUUUCAUGAGUAAAGUAAAGUGAAAGUUCUUAUUUUUAAUACCCGGUAUCAAAUUUUUAUGUUUAAUGAAAGAUAAAUAAUCUUUUUUUUUUAUAUUAUUGACCUCUCAUUUUUGACUCAUCUUCAACAGGCUAUCUUAAUAACCUCCGUGUUUUGUACAGUACAAGUAAAGUUGGAACAGCCUCUAAAAAGACAACAAGACAUAUUUCACAGCAACCAGAUCGUAUCUUAGAUGCACCAGAAAUCUUAGACGAUUAUUGUAAGCAUACUGCUUUCUGAUCUGUUAAUAAAAAUUUAUUUGGCAAAAUUUUUCUUAUUUUUCAUACAUAUUUUGUAGAUCCACUAUAGAAGUGUAGUUAUACUAUACUUAACAAUGAAUUAUUGUAAUUUUUUAACUUUCAUUGGACAUUCUGCUUUAAAAAUAAAUAAUUCUUGGUCUUUAAAGGAAGUUAGUUACACGAACUGUUAAUGAACUGUAGUAAAUCUCAAUAUACUUUACACUUGGCUAAUAUUUACCUUUAAAAAGUGAAUAUUCAUCACAGUGAAAUGAAUCAUUUAAACAAUUUUGUAACCUUUUCAGAUCUUAGUUUGAUAGACUGGUCUGCACAGAAUGUUCUUGCCGUUGCUCUAGGAAGUUGUGUAUAUUUGUGGGAUGCCUCACACGGGAACAUUACUCUUUUGCUUCAGCAGGAAAAUGCUGGUGCUGACUAUGUAAGCUGUGUUAACUGGACGUCAGAUGGAAAUCAUCUAGCUGUUGGAUUGUCCACAGGCAUUGUGGAGGUAAAUACUUUUAAUAAUGUGGGACAAUCAGGGACUGGAACAAGCUUUCAAAAGGAACAGUUGAGAGGACAACACUAGACACAUUUGCGUCUAUUGCCUCAUGCCUCCCAAACCCCAGUGCAUGAUUCCCUCAAAAAGUAUCACUUGCAAUCAGUGAAAUGUCAUCAACACAAGGCACAAAAGCAUUGCAAAUCCUCUCUACAUGCAUAGGAGUCAAAAUGAUCAAUAAAUUGAUUGUGGGCCCUUAAUAUAUAUAUAUAUAUAAGAAGGAGAAGAAAUGAAUCAUACACGUUUUGAAUUGUAAAAUUCUACCUCAUAUAUUUGUUACACUAAAAAGAUCAAUAUGUUUUAAAGGAGGUGGUGGGAGGAUCUUUAAAAAUAAAUUAAGUCAUAUAUAAUGCAUUUGUUUGAUUUUUGUGAUUAACUAUUUUAACUACGAUCUGUGAGUAGGAUUGAUUAGGUCUUCAUAAUGAAUGUUAUAGUAUAGACAACCCUGGGAUAUAACUGCCUCUCUUCUUUGAUUUUUUUAAAGUUUAGAAAACCUUUGUAUGCUUUAAUUUUUUUAAUCGUAUGCCUUCUUAUUGUGUAAAUUUAGCUUUGGGAUCCAUCACAACAAAAAAGACUUAGAAGUAUGAGUGGACAUGCGGCAAGAGUGGGCUCCUUGUCAUGGAAUUCUCAUCUACUCAGCAGGUGCUUAUACAUUAUUACUUAAUUUUGUUAGGUCUAAUUUUUCAUUCAGGUUGAUUUUAAGUUUACAUGAAUACAAUAAUAUGAAUUAAAUCUAUAAUAUAUAUAUAUAUAUAUAUAUAUAUAUAUAUAUAUGUAUUUAACUAUAAAAUCAAUAUAUAUAGUUUCAGUGGCAUGAAAAUAUAAUUAACUAUUAGACCAUUGUAUCUUUGUUGUAAAUUUAACUUUAAAAAAAGUAAAUACAAUUUCAAAUUUAAUUCUUGAUUUUAUUUAAUUUGAUGAAUGUAGUGGGUCCCGCAGUGGUAGCAUACACCACCAUGAUGUUAGAGUAGCUCAACAUCAUGUAGGCACAUUGUUGGGUCAUUCCCAAGAGGUGUGUGGUCUCAAAUGGUCACCAAAUGGAAAACAACUGGCUAGUGGUGGCAAUGACAAUAUACUUAACAUAUGGCAGGCUGGAUCGGGAUCCCUGUUAACUGGUGCUGAGCCUAUACAUACCUUUAACCAGCAUCAGGCAGCUGUUAAGGUAACUUAAACAUUGUUCACUUGUAUAGUAAUAUUUAUAUUCACACAUUGAUUUCAUUUGUUAAUAUAUGAUUUUUUUUUAAUAUGAAGAGGAAUAAUUUUUAAAUUAAUGAAAUAAAUCUUUGUUCACUUUUCUUAUUAUAAUUUACAUGAUUCGCUUAUAAUCAUUUGCAUUAUUUUUAUUUGAAGGCUUUGGCAUGGUGUCCAUGGCAACACAAUGUACUGGCCAGUGGUGGAGGUACAGCAGAUAGACAUAUUCAAAUAUGGAAUUGUAAUAAUGGAGUUAAUCUUCAUUCAGUAGAUACCAAUUCUCAGGUAAACAACUACUUGAAAAAAUCUUUAAAAACAGUUUUCAAAAUAUAAAAAUCUUUCUUCCAUCUCUGGGCUUCUUUGAAACAUGGGCAUGUGGAGUUAUUGUUAUAUUUGUUAUAUUUUUCAAACUGAUUUGUUUGUCUGAAAUAAUUUUUUUUUCAUUGCCAUUGAUAUGUAAAAUUAAAGUUACAAAUAAUACUUAUAUUUAUAUAUUUAUUUAUAAGAGCCAUAAAUAUAUAUAAUUUAUUGCUUUAGAAUUGUUCUUUAACAAUAAAUGCAGAGUUUGGAAGAGUCACUAUUAUACAGAAUAGAAACCAAUGGUUUUCAUUUUAAGGUAUGUGCAUUGCUGUGGUCUCCUGAGUACAAAGAGAUUAUUUCUGGACAUGGCUACACUCAAAAUCAAUUAACAAUUUGGAAAUAUCCGGGGUUGACAAAAGUUGCAGAGCUAACAGGUUCCAUUUUCAUUUUCUCAAUUAAAAGUUUUUUAAAAUCGUAUUUAAAUCUUUAAUUAAAGUUUUUAUUUUUUGUAGCAGUAAAGUUGAAAGACUUGUAAAAUAUGGAAUGAUUGUAAGAACAAAAUUACAAAUGUAAUAAAGUUAAAGAAACAACUGUAAUCAAUCCGUCAGAGGGAUAUUACUGGUUAAACUAAUUUAUUAGUAAAGUUUUAGCUUUCCUUUAAAUAAAGUAGUUGAAACAAUACACCUUAUGGACAGAAAUGUAUACUAAUUAAACCACAUAUUUCUAAUUUUAUUUCUAGUUAAUUUUUCCCAUUCCCUCACAAUCAUCCCAGUAUCAAUUAUAAUUUAUAUUACACGCCAUAAGUCGGUGUAAUGGAUUUUAUGCAUUUCUAAAUCACCGGGUUAGGAUUAUCAAAACUUCAGAUUAACUUGUUACAUUUAUACUUGGAACUAAAUUUUAUCAGGUCACACAGCAAGGGUGUUGCAUAUGUGCCUGUCUCCUGAUGGUACCACGGUGGUCUCUGCCGCUGCUGAUGAGACUCUGAGAUUGUGGAAAUGUUUUGAUGUGGAUGCCGCCACCAAGAAAAACAAAUCUAAAUCUGUAACUAAAGAUAACCCAUCCAGUUUACUAAUGCAUUUGAGAUAAAAUAUUAAUCUCGUUUAUUGAUGUUAAGCAACUUAUCAAUUAAUGUUUUUAAAAAAAAUAAUAAACUCAUAAUAUUGUAUAAGUAUAAGGAGUUUAUUGACAACUAAGUUACAGAAAAACUUCAAUGUUUAGGGAAAAGUUAAUUUUUCAUAAGUUUUAAGCGCAUAUUUAUAAAGCAACUGUAACUUAACUAGAGAUACACUUUAUAAAUAUUUAUAUUUCUUUUCACAGUUUUGAUGCUUCAAUUUACUUCAUCAUUUAUAUACAUACAUCUUUUCUGAGAACAUUUAUUCUUUUUUUUAUUGAUUUAGCAAGCCCAUAAAAAAGAGAUUUACAACAAAAAAAAUUAAAUUAAAUUUUUUUUUUUUUUUUUACUAUUGAAUAGUAGUUUUAUUUUAUUUAACAGAUUUGAUACAUGGCUUCAGAUUGCUGUUGAGCUUGAUAUAUGAAACGGUUUUACUAUGAAUAAUAAUAUUUAACAGUUGCUUUAACUUUUCGUGAUUGAUGCAAUCUUUCCAAUAUUUUAUAUUAAGAAUUUUUUUUUCUUUAUGAUGUUGUCCAUUAUUUAACUUAAAUUUUGUGAUGUUGAAGACCUUAUUCACGAUUAAAUGAAAAAAGAUUAGAUGGCAUAAUUACGUAUGAAAAAUUGGGGAGAAGUUCAGUGUUUCAGAAGGGAAAAGAAAGAUAUCUUUUUAGUUUUUAGGUACCGCUUUGUUCAGUUCAAUAGUGUCAUUCUGACUUCUCAGAUAAGGUUAAAUAAUCCUUCAUAAUAAGCAAAAUGGUUAAAAAAUGUUCUGGUUAGGGUGUGAAAAGUAUAUCUUAUACAUAAUGUGAAAAAGUAAAAUUCAUCAAAAUGAGUCAUUAAAGGGUGGAGGGUUAUUUUCUAAAUCCUUUAUAUAACUUCGCUUUUGUGUGGUUAGGGAAAAAUCUUCGGGCCGCUAAUUGACACCCACUUCCCGCCAAGCUAUCCAGCUGACUCUUUGCCGAAGACAACAAAUUUUAUCAAAUUUUAAGCCCCCUCCCCCACCCAAAAAAAAAAUCAGUUUUCCUUUUUCUCAAGGGGAAGAUGAAGGAAAUAUCUCACUGAUUUCAUGAAAUAAUAUUUCAGAUAACUGCACUAAAUGAGAUUCUUUUUUUUAAAUAUCGCAAGCACGUUUGGUGUAUAAUAUUCGCUUGUUUUUCUUAAAUAGUUUUUGAAAUAAAUCGGUGCCAAAGCAGGUGGGGCAUUAAAAUACUAAAGUAGAAUAAAAUAAUAUUAAUAACGAAGAACUUUUUUUUUAGGGGGGUGGGUUCAUUUCUUUUCUUACUAAGCAUUUACAUUAAAAUGCAUAUUUAAUUUUGUAAGAUGGAUUUAAUGGAAUGUUACAAUUAGUCUGAUCUUAUUUGUCUCUAGAAUCUUUUGUCUAAAUGUUUUUGAUGUUUCAUGCUCAGUUCAUAUGAUCAAAUUUGCAUAAAAUUUCUUUUUUAAUUUUAAUAACUAUUUUGUGUUACAUUUGAUCAUGUGAACUUAGCAUUUAUGAACAUAUCAUUAUCAAAUAAGAUUAAGAUUGCAUUUCAAAGAUGUUAUUAUCUUAAUAUUCUUCUUAAAGAGAAUUCAGAGAUAAGCUGCUUAAAGCAAUUAAAUUUUGCAUGUUAAUUCUUCCUUGUGGCCCCAAACAGUUUACUCCAUUUUUUCUUUCUUCUCAUAAAGCUAUCUGUUGAACUUGGUCCAUCUUUCUGUUAAAAUGAUUUACAUGUAUAAUGUUUUCUUUAAUUUGCUUGAGAAAGCUCAUUAGGGCUACAAGAGUGAUAUUUACGAAAGUUGUUUUAUAUAUUUGUAUACAUCACAUUGUGUUGCUUUUAUUUUAUGCCUAGAAAAAAUUUAAAACUUUGCAAUGUGAGAACAUAUUUUUUAUUUGAUUCUGUUUAAUAAAUAUUUUUUUGUGGUAUAGCAUAUCAUUGGCUUUUUC